CGUACGACCACGUUUUUAUGUUUAUCAAUUACCUUUCUCAAUAUCUUGUUUUUACCCGCAGCCUGCAGGAGAAGACUUCGAAGUAAAACAACUUUACUCUACAAACUGGCAGGUACAUGAACAUGCGAGCACGUCUGUGCAAGCGUCUGGAUUGCCCUCACAAUAUUUCCUUGUCUAUUCAGGUCGUAAACUGCAGCACCCCAGCAAACUAUUUUCAUGUUAUAAGACGACAAUGCAAGAUGGACUUCAGAAAACCGGCAAGCGUUGAAUAGACUUUUCUUGAUUUAAAUGUUUUAAUAUUUUAACACUCCAGGAAUUCUCAAUCAUGUCUUUAUCUUUCAGCUCAUUAUUUUUACACCAAAAAGUUUGCUUCGUUUGCCAGCAGCAAAAUCUGCCUUGGAAGACAUGAGUGAAGGUAAAGUAAGAUCUGGUCAUUUCUGAAAUUGAACAGCAUUGCUGUGACCCUUUUUGACACCUAGUAAUUCUGACGUCCGCUUGCCAUAACGUAUUUUCCGACAUUGCCAGGUACGUCAUUCCGUCGAUGCAUUCUAGAAGACGGUGCUGCCAGUAAGAACCCUGAAGGAGUUAAGAAAUUGAUUCUUUGUACUGGCAAGGUUUAUUAUGACCUCAUUAAGGUAAGUCUCCUCACGAGAAGAUAAUAACGAGGUAAUGAAACAUUUAAUGAAGCCAGGCAAUAAAACAUUUAAUGGAGCCAGGUAAUAAAACAUUUAAUGAAGCCAGGUAAUGUAUGAAACAUAAAUUUUUAUCUCCAGGCACGUGAUGAGAAGAAAUUAGAUUCGGAUAUCGCUAUCACCAGAGUCGAACAGGUAAUGAUGGUCAAAACUCACAAGCAGAAAGCCUUUUGCUUCUGUUUUUAUCAUUUUGUACAAUGCAAUUAACCUCCAUGCCCCAGGAGUAUUUCAGGUAUUUAGAGAUCGAGCUUUUACAGGUACUUAACCUUAAAAUGAGCAUCUUAUUGAACUAGUUGAAUUAUGACUUCAAACACAAUAUGUUGAAACUAUUCAUCAUCUUAAUUGGGUGUCGUUUAUGUAACACCUUUUUGACCACUUCUCUGCAGCUCUGUCCCUUCCCCUUCGACUACAUCAAGGAAGAGACGGAGAAAUACCGCAAUGCAGAGAUAACAUGGACUCAAGAAGAACCAAAGAACAUGGGCUACUGGAGUUACGUCAAGCCUCGUAUAGAAACUGCCACUGGACAUGCCAAGAAAGUGUGGUGAGUGAGGCUUGCCAUAUAACAUGUAAUAAGGUGUAAUAUGUUGCAAAACACUUCUCCUCUUUUACAAUUUUGAUGUCAUAUUGGACUCCUUGGAAAGUUCUGCCCCAGGCCCUUGAAGGGAUAGCAGGCAGUAACUUGCAUCUUGUGUUUUGUUAUUUUAGGUAUGCGGGUAGACCUCCAGCAGCUGCAGUGGCAACAGGAAGUAAAAAAAUACAUAAUAAUGAACAGGAUG